GGCUACGCGGUGCACAAGCUGCCCGAGCUGCUGCGGGAGCGCGAGCUGGCCCUGGGCACCCUCAACAAGGUGUUCGCGUCGCAGUGGCUGAACGCCAGGCAGGUGGUGUGCGGCACCAAGUGCAACACGCUCUUCGUGGUGGAUGUGCAGUCGGGCCAGAUCACGCGCAUCCCGCUCUUGCGGAAUCGGAAACCCGAGCCGCCUCGGGCCCAGCCAAGCUGUGGCAUCCACGCCAUCGAGCUGAAUCCCUCCAAGACGCUUCUGGCCACCGGGGGCGAGAACCCCAACAGCCUGGCUGUCUACCAGCUGCCCACCCUGGACCCCGUGUGCCUGGGCGACCGCCACGGCCACAGGGACUGGAUCUUCGCCAUCGCCUGGAUGAGCGACACUGUGGCUGUGAGCGGGUCCCGCGAUGGCACUGUGGCUUUGUGGAGAAUGGAUCCUGACAUGGUCAAUGGCAGCAAAGCCUGGCACAGUGACGAACAGCUCCCCGUGUACGCCCACAUCCGUCCCAGGGACAUGGAGACAAUCCCCAGGUCCAGCACCAACCCCAGUAACCGAAAGGUGCGGGCCCUGGCCUUUAAUCACAAGAACCAGGAGCUGGGAGCAGUGUCCCUAGACGGCUACUUCCACCUGUGGAAAGCCCGCAGCACCCUGUCCAGGAUGCUGACCAUCAGGCUGCCCUACUGCAGAGAGAACGUGUGCCUGACCUACUGCGAGGAGUUGUCCCUCUAUGCGGUGGGCUCCCAGUCCCACGUCUCCUUUGUGGAUCCACGCCAGCGCCAGCAGAAUAUCAGGCCCCUGUGUUCCCGAGAGGGCGGCACUGGUGUGCGUUCCUUGAGCUUCUACCAGCACAUCGUCACCGUGGGUACAGGCCAUGGCUCCCUGCUCUUCUAUGACAUCCGUGCCCAGAAGUUCCUGGAGGAGAGGACAUCGCCCAACCUGGACUCCUCCCCAGAGCCCUCAGGGAGGAAGCUCAGGCUCACGUGUGGCAGAGGCUGGCUCAAUCACAAUGACUUGUGGGUGAACUACUUCGGUGGCAUGAAUGAGUUCCCCAACGCUCUCUACACCCACUGCUACAACUGGCCUGAGCUGAAGCUCUUUGUGGCUGGGGGGCCUCUCCCUUCAGGCCUCCACGGGAACUAUGCAGGCCUCUGGAGCUAAGGGUGGCCACUGUGUUCUCCAAGUGCCCAGAU